UCCUUCUCUCUAUCUCUUUCGCUGAUUUCGGCAAUUUAUGAAAAAAUUUCUGGCAUACAAGUUCAAUCAUCACCUAUUUCCUUAAUUUAUUUGCUACGAUUAGCUAGAUCGAUUGAUUCAUUGCCUCUUAGACUUGGAAUUCAUCGAUCGUAAGAGUUCAUCCGCAAAUUCCUCAUCUUAGGGUUUAAUUAUAUCUCUCGUGAUUUCUGUGAGGAUCAACCCCCUCGUAGGGCGAAUUUGGUGAGAAACGAUUGAUUUGAAGUGAUUGGAAUCCAAAGAUGAGUCAGAAAGGAUUGAUUUAUAGCUUUGUUGCGAAAGGGACCGUUGUAUUGGCUGAACACACGGCCUACUCAGGAAACGUCAGCACGGUUGCUGUUCAAUGCUUACAGAAGUUGCCUUCGGGUAGCAGUAAAUACACAUAUUCAUGCGACGGCUACACCUUCAACUUCUUGCUUGAUAGUGGCUUCGUUUUUCUUGUUGUUGCUGAUGAAUCAGCAGGGAGGAGUGUGCCAUUUGUGUUUCUGGAGAGAGUGAAAGACGACUUCACAAAACGUUAUGGAGCAUGUAUUGGAAAUGAUCACCCUCUUGCCGACGACAGUGAUGAUGAUCUAUUUGAAGAUCGGUUUAGUAUUGCUUAUAAUCUUGAUAGGGAGUUUGGGCCAAAGAUAAAGGAACACAUGGAGUAUUGUUUAAACCAUCCAGAUGAAAUGAGUAAGCUGUCUAAACUGAAGGCUCAGAUUACAGAGGUUAAAGGGAUUAUGAUGGACAACAUUGAGAAGGUUUUGGAUCGUGGUGAGAAGAUCGAAUUACUAGUGGAUAAAACAGAAAACCUUCAAUUCCAGGCAGAUAGCUUUCAAAGGCAGGGAAGGCAACUAAGAAGGAAGAUGUGGUUGCAGAAUCUUCAGAUGAAGCUCAUGGUUGGAGGAGCUAUUGCAGUUUUUAUCAUCAUAGUCUGGCUCAUGGCUUGUAGGGGUUUCAAAUGUUGAAACUCUUAUUUCUAGGGUUUGUCGUGAACUCUAAUAGAUGUUUUUUUUUUCUUUUUUGAUUAUUGGUUUUGAUGUAUAAAUCACGUAUCACUAUCCGCUUUCAGUUUGCUGUUCUUGUAUAUGCACUAUCUAUAAUUCUGCAUAAAUGAAAGAUGAUGAGUGAAGUUAAACAUGAUA